UCCUAAAAUUUGAAUGGGCAUAGGUCCAUUUUUGUUUCGUUAACAACUACUUUGGCUUUUCCUCGUCAUCAGUCACUUACGUUCUUGCACAGGAUAGAUUACAUCGAUCGUAUCCUCUGCUUUAUGCAUACAUAUCUAAUUAUAUAUAUGUGUGUAUAUUUGUCUGCUUUGAGUUAUAAGCACAUAUUGUCGUCCCAACAUAUAUAGAUAGCUAUUCGUAAAAGCAGGCAUUGGAAGAAGAAGACGAAGAUGGCGGACUGGGGGCCGGUGUUUGUGGCGGUGGUGCUGUUCGUACUGUUAACGCCGGGCUUACUGGUUCAGGUACCGGCAAGCGGCAAGUUCAUGGAGUUUGGGAACUUCAGAACCAGUUGUGUCUCCAUUCUGGUUCAUACAGCGCUCUAUUUUGCUCUCAUUUGUAUCUUCUACUUUCUUGUCAGCAUCCAUUUGUACUUGGGUUAAUUAGUUGAUCUCCAAUUUCAUUAUCAUCUCCACGUACUCCUUUCAUUUCUUUCUGACUUCUGGUUAUUACUGUAUAAUCUCGUAUUUAAUUGAAUUUUAGGCUUCAUCUGAUGAAUUAA